AAUGUCAAUAAACAACAUGGUGACCCACAUUUGUGUUACACAACUUGACGGUUUCACGUAGGCUAUAGGCUAAUACAUAUUUAAUGAAAACAUUCAGACAAGAUUAUUGGAAGUAAAUAUUUAUUCUGCACUUACGUCUACAUUUGCGUAGGCUAUGGAUUAGCUACAGUGAAAGGUUUAUUACUGUACUGGACAACCAACUUGUGCUAACUUCAAGGAGACCUCAAAUAUUUUAAAAAUUUGCGUGGUCAAGUCAAGCGGAUUUUUCACUUCCUGAUUAUCAACACACUUUCUGACCUUAAAAUUUAAAAUACGUUUUAAAUGCAGCAUGAAAUCAGCUGUGGAAGUGGUCAAUUUAGGGCGCAUUUCUUACGCGCGUGCACUGGAAGUGCAGAAUUUAUUUGUCAAGCGACACUUUGAUAAAUCCGCGAAGUCUCCCAAUGCUCUGCUACUUUGUGAACACCCGCCUGUCUACACAAUUGGAAUAAGGCAAGCACCUUAUCCUGCCAAGGAAGAGGAAAGGCUUAAACUUCUAGGUGCGGAAUUCUUUCGCACCAACCGCGGCGGACUCAUAACCUUCCAUGGCCCUGGUCAAUUGGUGUGUUAUCCGGUUUUAAAUCUGGGUUCCUUCAAAAAGAGUGUGAGGUGGUACGUGUGCGAGCUGGAGAGAACAGUUAUCAAACUUUGCAGCAGAUUUGGAAUUAAAGCCUCCACUUCACCUGACACAGGAGUAUGGGUUGGUGAAAACAAGAUAUGUGCCAUAGGAAUCCAUUGUGGGAGAUACAUAACAUCUCACGGAUUGGCACUAAAUUGCAACACAGACAUGGACUGGUUCAAAUACAUUGUGCCAUGUGGAAUUGUAGGUAAAGGUGUGACCUCCCUCAGCCAAGAAUUGGGAAGAAAUAUGUCUACUGAAGAAGUCACCCUACAUUUACUGGAAACGUUCAAAGACCAAUUUGAUUGUACACUGUUGCAUGGCAGCUAUGACCACAAUAAUAAAAAAUGAAAUCUAAUUACAUUUACUGCGUUUUCUGUUC